UUUGAUAGUGCGUAUAAUAAGUGUCAGUUGUGUAUUGUUGAGGACUUCUCCAUCUGAAAUGAAAUAUAAGUAAAAAUAGUUUAUAGUAUUUAGAAUAAAAUAUGAGCAAAAGUUAAAGACUUCUCUUAUAUUGAAUGAUAGUACUUCUAAAUUAUACCUCAGUUUAUUUAAUUAACUUAUCAUAUUUAAUCAUUUUUGCUUCUAAUUUCCCUUAAUCUUCAGUAAUUCCCUAUGUACGAUUAUCAUUAACACACAUGCCCAUGAUUCUCACUCCACACUAUAUAAUAAGCACCCGUUUUCAUGUUUUUUUCACCAUCCACACAAAUUAACAUGAACAUAAACAAGAUGGAACUCACUCCAAUCUUGCUUCUUGGUUUCAUUCUCCUGCUAAGCAUAUGUCAAACUUCAGCAAAUAAAUACCAAAAAUUAGCAGCUGCAAAUGAAGGACUAGAAGAUCAAAGUAGCUUGUUGACUUACAUUGUUCACGUUGAAAAGCCUUCUCUUCAAUCUAAGGAGAGUUUGGAUGGCUGGUACAAUUCACUCUUGCCAGCAGCCACCAUAAAAACUCAAAACCAGCAACGCGUAAUUUUCUCAUACCAAAACGUCAUGAAUGGAUUCGCCGUGAAAUUGACCCCAGAAGAAGCCAAGGCUCUAGAAGAGAAGGAGGAGGUUCUAUCAAUUCGACCAGAAAACAUCCUCUCAUUACAUACAACUCACACACCAAGCUUCUUGGGGUUGCAACAGAGUCAAGGAUUAUGGAUAAAUUCCAAUCUCGGUAAAGGGAUCAUAAUUGGAAUCCUGGACACAGGAAUAUCCCUCUCCCAUCCUUCCUUUUCUGACGAGGGAAUGCCCUCUCCACCUGCAAAAUGGAAUGGCCACUGUGAAUUCACAGGGGAAAGGAUUUGUAACAAGAAGCUCAUUGGAGCAAGGAACUUCGUCACAGACACAAAUUUAUCUCUUCCAUUCGAUGAUGUUGGCCACGGAACUCACACGGCCAGCACGGCUGCUGGAAGGCUUGUACAGGGGGCCAAUGUCUUCGGCAACGCUAAAGGUACGGCAACAGGCAUGGCACCAGAUGCACACUUGGCAAUCUACAAAGUAUGCAGCAGCAGUGGUUGUCCUGAGAGUGCAACAUUAGCAGGAAUGGAUGCUGCAGUUGAAGACGGUGUUGAUGUACUUUCAAUCUCCCUUAACGGACCCACCAACCCUUUCUUUGAAGAUGUAAUUGCACUUGGUGCAUUUAGUGCAAAUCAAAAGGGAAUUUUCGUUAGUUGCUCAGCUGGAAAUUUUGGUCCUGAUUAUGGUACAACGUCUAAUGAAGCACCAUGGAUUCUAACUGUUGGUGCUAGCACAACUGAUAGAAAAAUAGAAGCAAUAGCUAAACUUGGCAACGGGGAAAAAUAUAUUGGAGAAUCAGUGUUUCAACCAAAAGAGUUUGCAUCAACACUGUUGCCACUUGUGUAUGCAGGUUCUGUUAAUAUAAGUGAUAAUUCCAUUGCCUUUUGUGGUCCUAUUUCCAUGAAGAACAUUGAUGUUAAGGGAAAGGUAGUUUUGUGUGAGGAAGGUGGACUUGUUUCACAAGCAGCGAAAGCUCAAGCAGUUAAAGACGCUGGUGGAUCUGCCAUGAUCCUCAUGAAUAGUAAACUUCAAGGUUUUGAUCCAAAAUCCGAUGUUCAAGACAAUCUACCUGCUGCACUUGUAAGUUACUCUGCUGGUUUAUCCAUCAAAGAUUAUAUAAACUCAACUUCAACACCAAUGGCCACGAUUUUAUUCAAUGGAACUGUUAUUGGAAAUCCCAAUGCCCCUCAAGUAGCUUACUUUUCAUCAAGAGGACCAAACCAAGAAAGCCCAGGAAUUCUGAAACCAGACAUAAUUGGACCUGGAGUGAACAUUCUAGCAGCAUGGCAUGUAUCAUUGGACAACAAUAUACCACCAUACAACAUCAUUUCAGGUACCUCAAUGUCUUGUCCACAUCUCAGUGGAAUUGCUGCUCUGUUGAAAAACUCUCAUCCAGAUUGGUCUCCCGCUGCUAUAAAAUCAGCAAUCAUGACAACUGCUUAUGAAGUUAAUCUUCAAGGAAAAGCUAUUUUGGACCAAAGACUUAAACCAGCUGAUUUAUUUGCCACUGGUGCUGGACAUGUCAACCCUUCGAAAGCAAACGAUCCAGGACUUGUUUAUGAUAUUGAACCAAAUGAUUAUGUUCCUUACUUGUGUGGUUUGAAUUACACUGAUAGACAUGUUGGAAUUAUUUUGCAACAGAAAGUGAAAUGCUCUGAUAUAAAGAGCAUACCACAAGCACAGCUUAAUUAUCCAUCAUUUUCUAUAUUGUUGGGGUCUACUUCUCAGUUUUAUACUAGAACGGUGACGAAUGUUGGACCUAUCAACAUGACUUACAAUGUGGAAAUUGAUGUUCCUUUGGCUGUGGAUAUCAGUAUAAAGCCUGCUCAAAUAACAUUCACUGAGAAGAAGCAAAAAGUUACAUACUCGGUUGCUUUUACACCCGAAAACAUAGUGAAUAGAGGUGAUAAGGAAAUUUCUCAGGGAUCUAUCAAGUGGGUUUCUGGAAAGUAUACCGUUAGAAUCCCUAUAUCUGUCAUUUUUGUGUGAAAAUUUGGCAAAAGAAAUUAAUCAUAGCAUGAUACUAUUAUAUUAAGGAAUAAAUGUAAGUAUUGAAGAGUAUGAAAACGUGCAUUGUAAUCUUCGAGCUUACUUCAAUGAAAUUUAAGCCAAACUCUCUUAAUAGUUACAAUGAAA